AUGGUCAUAACAAUGAAUAUUGCGGGUUGGGGAGUCAGCAGGAUACUAGUAGAUUCAGGAAGUUCCGCAGACAUAAUAUUCGCUGGAACCUUCGAUCAAAUGAAGCUCAGCAGAAGCCAGCUCCAACCUUUGGAAUCACCUUUGGUCGGGUUCGGAGGAAAGCAGAUACACGCUCUGGGCAAGGUCGCCUUACCUGUAUCCUUUGGCACUUCGGAAAACGCAAGGACAGAAUACAUCACCUUCGAUGUGGUAGACCUGCAUUACCCAUACAAUGCCAUAUUCGGGCGGGGGUUCUUGAACAGAUUCAACGCAGCUCAUAUGGGAUACCUGUGCAUGAAAAUCCUAGCUUUGCACGGGGUGAUCAUUGUUCACGGAAGUCAGAAAGAAGCAAGGAACAUAGAGAAAGCAAUCUACAAGUCUUUCCGGAACAUAAACUCCGUGGACUCCACGCAAGAAGAAGCUUGCCAGCCACCAGACAUGCCAAGGGGGAAGACAGACCUGGCCGAUCAGGAGGAAACAAAGAGUGUCCCUCUGCAGGAGGCGGUACCAGAUAGGAAGGUCACCAUAUCUGCUACCCUUAGCCUGGAGGAGGAGCUUGAGCUGCUGGACGUGCUAUAG